AUGUCUCUCCAGAAAUUUAAGCUUCUCGCCACUCACUGCAGCACCGUCGCGGAGAGUCCGACUCGUAGCCCAGUCAUCCACCUCCGCCGCCGGAAAACGCUGCGUUUGCUACUCACACGCUCAUCGGAUCGGUGGCGAUUACCUUAUCGCCAUGAUGAUUCUCCUGAGAUCCAAACCAACGCCGAUAAAUCGAUGGGGUCCGAUGGUACUAGAAGCGUCUCUAAGAUCCGAUCUCGGCGGAAACUGAGAGAGCUUUUCGUCUCUUCGCCUCCGGUGGAGGAAAGCCAACGUGGCGGCGAUUCGGGGAAGAAGAAGAUGGAAUGCGAUUUAUCAGUUAACGGCGUUAAUAGUAACGGAGAGAUUGGAGAAGAGUUAACGGUUCGACGUAUGGGCUUUAACGGCUCGGUUAGGCCCAUGUUAUCUGGUACACUUCGAUGUAGGUUACUUCGAAGAGCUUGGCGUCCUGUUCUUGUAACUAUUCCUGAACAAUAA